AUGGCUAUUUUUGCGGACUUGUUCAAAAUAGUGUACGCCACGUGGCGCCAGUAUCUCUACACCACUGGUGCGCUGUUUACAAUCGCCUGGAAAUGGGUGACCGAGGGAAAAGAGUACUUUGCGGAGGAAGUGUACGUGGAGCCAGAGUGUCUGAAGGACUGGAAUCACAAGUUUGUGCAGUUGGAAGAGAUUCGGAUGCACUAUGUGGAGGAAGGUCCCCAAGACGGCGAGGUUCUGCUCAUGGUGCACGGAUUUCCCGAGUUUUGGUAUUCGUGGAGAUUUCAGCUGGAAUACUUCAAGAAGACACACAGGUAAAUACUUGUAUUUGAUGCGGCCUUUGCGCGGUUAUCAGUCUGGAGUAUUGUUCAGAUGCAUCGCCAUCGACAUGCGCGGCUACAACCAGACGGACCGCCCGUCGGGCAUCUCCAGCUACAACGUCGUCCGUCUCGUCGACGACAUCCGUCAAUUCAUCGAGAUUCUCGGGCUCGAAAGAGUGACUCUGGCUGCUCACGACUGGGGAGCCAUCGUCUGCUGGCGCUUCUCCAUGCUCCAUCCGUCGCUCAUCGAUCGUCUCAUCGUCUGCAAUGUUCCCCAUCCGAUCGCGUUCUACGAAGUCUACAAAGUGAGCAAAGAGCAGAGAGACAAGAGUUGGUGAGGACAGUUCUAGAAACGUCUAAAAAAGGAACAAUUUCAGGUACAUUUACCUGUUCCAAUCGCAAAUGAUUCCUGAAAUUGCGAUGAAAUCGAACGGAAUGAAAAUGUUGGAUUCCAUGUUCCGAGGCCGGAAAGCGGGCAUCCGGAACUCGCGCAACUUCACCGAUCAGGACAUGCUCGCGUGGAAGCACGUCUUCAGUCAGCCAGGUCAGACAGGCGGGAACGUUCCCAUUCAUCCCCGACUGUUCAGGUGCCAUCACCGGACCGCUCAACUACUAUCGGGAUCUGUUCAACGCGCCGCCCAUCCCCACAAAACAGCAUAUUGUACAGCCGAAAGUGCUUAUAAUCUGGGGAGACGAGGACGCAUUUUUGGACAAAAAGGGCGCCGAGCUCUCCGUUCAAUUCUGCCGCGACUGUCAAGUGCAAAUGAUCCGUGGAGCUUCCCAUUGGGUACAGCAAGACCAGCCGGAACUGGUGAAUGCGGUCAUGGAGCACUUCAUGAACGAGGCGCAAUACUCGAAUCGGGAAAGAGAGAUAAAGUCGCAUUUGUGA